AUGCAGAGAAUAUUAUCAGACCACUCUCCAAUCACACUCCAAGGUGGUUCCUGGAAGAAGAGCAAGAGCUAUUUUAAGUUUGAGAACUGGUGGUUAGGAACUGAAGGUUUCAUUGACAAAGUAAGGACAUGGUGGAAUUCUUUUGAUUAUACUGGGAGGCUUGAUUACAUCCUUGCAUCCAAAUUAAAAGCCCUGAAACACAAACUGAAGGAGUGGAGCAGAAGUGAGCAAAGGAAUCUAGGCCAACAGAGGAAAUCUUUACUUGAAAAGCUGGCUGCUAUGGAAAACAUUGCUACUGAUAGAGGUCUAACUGUGGAUGAGGCAACAGAAAAGGCAAGGUUACUUCUGAACUUGGAGGAUCUGAUAAAAAAUGAGGAGAUCUACUGGAGGCAAAGAUCAAGAUCAAUUUGGUUAAAGGAAGGGGAUAAGAACACCAAAUUCUUCCAUAAGAUAGCUAAUGCACACAAGAGGUACAAUAACAUAGAACAACUGCUAGUCCAGGGGAACAUUGUCCAAGAACCAAAAAGAAUCCAAGGGGAAAUAGUGGAGUUCUAUCAGAAGCUUUAUACAGAGGAGUUGCAGUGGAGACCUGCCAACAAUUUUUUAAAUUGCCCAAGGUUAACAGGGGAGGAAAAUGAGGAUCUUGAAAGAAGCUUUGACGAGGAAGAAGUUCUAAGGUGUUUAAAGCAGUGUGCAACUAAUGAAGCACCAGGACCAAAUGGCUUUACUAUGGGGUUUUAUAUCAAACGCUAG